GGAUAUCAUAAAAAAUCCCAAAAACCUAGUGGACUAACAGGUAAUCGUAGUCUUGAAGAAGUUCUUUUCACCCGACGGCGCGACACGAUGGCCGCCGCCGCCGGAGAAGCUCCACUGUCGCAGGCGAUCUACUCCUUCGGGAAGCCAUGGCCAGAGCUCAACGAAGGCCUCUCCUACACCGACACGUUCCGUUGCGCUGGUCCUGCUGCGGACACCAGCACCACCUUGAUCGAGUUCUACUCUGACAACUACAAGAGUUCUGCGCCAUUGCCAGGGUGGAUUCAUAGGAUUCGUAAUGGCCAGAUAACAGUUGAUGGUCAAGUUGUUAUUGACCCAGAAAUGAUUCUCAGGGAAGGUUCUAAAUUAGUAUAUCAUCGCCUCGCAUGGCAGGAGCCACUUGCACCACAUAUGCUUCAAGUGCUUUAUGAAGAUGAUGACAUAGUCGCCCUUAAUAAGCCUUCCGGUUUGCAAGUUCUGCCUAAAGGACUCUUCCAGCAGCGUACUGUUCUAGCACAACUUCAAUGGAAAGAGUGGAAGAUGCCCCUAUCAAGCUGCUCGAAGAGAAAAAAUGUGCAAUCACAUCCUGUACCUGUUCAUCGAUUAGGAAGGGGCACAUCAGGUCUACUACUUUGUGCCAAGACAAAGCUUGCCAAAGUUCGACUUGCAUCUUAUUUUGCAGAAGGCACUAUAAAUGCUGGAAACAAAAGGGAUGAAACAGAGGAUAGCAGAGAACGGAAAGUUUCAAAAUUCUAUCGAGCGUUAGUAACUGGGAUACUUGAAAAUGAUGAGGACGUGGUUACUCAACCCAUAGGAUUAGUUCAUUAUCCCGGAGUUUCAGAGGGACUUUAUGUGGCAUGUUCCUCAGGGAAGCAGGCAGUGAGUAAAGUGUGUGUUCUAGAGAGACUUGCACACGAAAAUCAAACGUUGGUCCAGGUCGAAAUUCAUUCAGGACGGCCCCACCAAAUUCGGAUACACCUUGGGUACAUUGGACACCCUCUUGUUGAUGACCCUCUCUAUGGUAUUGGUGGGCAGCCUAAAUUUGCUGACCUGGAACAUAGUUGUCCUGAUGUUUCUUUUGCAUAUGACGGAGGUUAUGAGAGACCUUUACAGCCUGUUCCUGGAGACUGUGGGUAUCACUUACAUGCGCAUUGGCUGGUCCUUUGUCAUCCAAGUACAGAGAAGAUGGUGAAAAUCACAGCUCCUCUGCCACGAAUCCUACAGACUCGAGAGGAACGGUGCGCUAAGCAAGUUGAUAGUUGAGCUCAUAAAUUUUCGUAUGAAAAUAUUUGUAAAGAGGGGCAAUCAGGCAGAGUUCACAGGGUCUAUCUGUAUACCGGUAUACCCCAUGUUUUGCAAGCCCAUGGAGAUGGAGGCCAAUGCAAACUAGCUAGAGACUCUUCAGUAGAUGGUAGUAGAGUGCAUACGGCAUACCAGCAUAUGAGGUGUAGGCGACCAGGCGUGUAGCUCAGUGUCUGUCUGAGGUUUUGCGUGGCUAGCGUAGUGGAGGAUACAAACAUGGUACGCCAUUGUUGAGUUUAAAUGGUCAUUGUACGCUUCUGCCGAAAAACUAAGAUGAACCCUUUUUUUUCAUGAAAAAGGAAGAAUGUGAACUGCUAUCUCUGCCUUGAAGAUGCACAAAGCCAAAUCAUAAGGAGUAAUUUGUUGUA